CAGAGUGAACUGCGGGGGCAGACGGAGCGCAGCGCUGCAGUCCUCGACAGCGGAAAGAGCCUCAAAUAAGGAUUCUGUGUGUUUUGUUUUUUUCUCCUCUCCUCCAUCGAGCCGUAUCGAUCCUCACCUCCCGCUCCUGCUUCAUUUUCGCCUACUUUGUUUUGGAAUUGGACAAACGGAACUUUUCGCUUCUCUCCACUUUGGGAAGCCGUCUUCUCCUCCAGAUAUGGACAGUCGGCGGCGACCUGCCACAGGGAGCGAGCGGCCGGUGUUCGCUCUGUAGUCACGGGAGGAGAGCUGUGAACUCGCGUCUGGCACUUUUUUUCUUUUCCUGGAUGUUUCAUGAAGCGCUUCGCAAUUUUGGUCAAUUCUGGGACGCCGCGGAUUUACCAGGUUCAGGAUCGGAUAGCUACUCGUGAUUCCCGGUCGACAGCAGGAAGGAUUUACGCUCCUAAAGUUGCAGGAAAAGCAUGGAGACUGUAAGUCGGCAGAGCUUCCAGCCUCAUCCGGGACUGCAACAAACUCUCAAGCAGUUUCACCUCAGCUCUAUGAGCUCUCUGGGCGGACCUGCGGCUUUCUCUGCCCGGUGGCAACAUGAGCUGCUCUUCAAGAAGGACGGUAAGGAGCCCGAGCCGGUUCUGCAGCAUCUGCCGCCCCCCGUGAUGCCGGGCCCGCUGUUCAUCCCGUCGGACCGCUCCACGGAGAGGUGCGAGACGGUGCUGGAAGGCGAGACCAUCUCGUGCUUCGUGGUCGGCGGGGAGAAGCGCCUGUGCCUGCCGCAGAUCCUCAACACGGUGCUGCGGGACUUCACCCUGCAGCAGAUCAACUCGGUGUGCGACGAGCUGCACAUCUACUGCUCCCGGUGCACGGCGGACCAGCUGGAGAUCCUCAAAGUCAUGGGGAUCCUGCCCUUCUCGGCGCCGUCCUGCGGCCUCAUCACCAAGACGGACGCCGAGCGGCUCUGCAACGCCCUGAUCUACGGAGGCGCCUACCCGCCGCGCUGCAAGAAGGAGCUGAGCGGAGGCUCGCUGGAGCUGCAGUUCACCGACAGGAGCUUCAAAGUCUACCACGAGUGCUUCGGCAAGUGCAAGGGUUUGUUCGUGCCGGAGCUGUACACCAGCCCGAACUCAGCGUGCAUCCAGUGCAUGGACUGCAGACUCAUGUACCCGACCCACAAGUUCGUGGUGCACAGUCACAAGGCGCAGGAGAACAGGACUUGCCACUGGGGCUUCGACUCGGCCAACUGGAGGGCGUACAUCCUCCUGGGCCAGGAUUACACAGGGAAAGAGGAGAAGGCUCGUCUGGAGCAGCUCCUGGACGAGAUCAAGGAGAAAUUUGACUUCGCCAACAAGUACAAGAGGAAAGCAUCAUCCAGGGCGUCCGAUCCCAUCCCGAUGAAAAAGUCCAAACAUGAAGACCUCCCGUCACAGUCCCCGCUGGCCGACAAAGAGAAGCAGCACGACUGGCUGCAGUCCUUGUCUGCCUCCAAUAAGGGGAUCAACUGCAUUCAGCCCCGGCAGAGGCCCUCAGCCUUCAGACCGUGGUCCCCCCACAUCUCUGCUGGUGAUAAGGAGCCGUCCAGCCACCCUCUGGCCCUGCUCAGAGACAGCUUCUACAACUACAAGAGCCUGGAGAACGCCGUGGCCCCCAACGUCGCCCUCACACCACUGCCUAUUGGGAAGGUGGGUCCUAUGUCCCCGUCGGUACCCAGCACCUCACACCCAAGUGGAGGUGAACCCCCAGGUGAGGGCGCCAACCCCAACUCCAGGCCUCGCAAGAGAAGAGCCACAGGAGAGCUCCCGCCGCCGGCGCCGGAGGUCCCCUGCUUUCCGUCCUCCACUGCCAGCAAGCCGCCACUGCCGCCGCCUCAGGACGACAAAGACUCCGAGGUGGAGAUCGAAGUCGAGAGUCGCGACGAAUUCACGUCGUCCCUGUCCUCCCUGUCCUCACCAUCUUUCACCUCGUCCAGCAGCUCAGCCAAAGACUUGAGCUCACCGGGAGUCCAAGGGCCCAUCUGCACUGUCACAGCGGCCGAAGGCGCCGCCCCCGGAACCGCCCCCGGAACCGUCCCCGGAACCGCCCCCGGAGCCGCCCCCGUCGUAGCCCCGGUGACUCCUCCAGAGCCGGGCCUGGAGUCGGAGCUGGAGAGCCUUCGGCAGGCGCUGGACAGCGGACUGGACUCCAAAGAGUCAAAGGAGAAGUUUCUUCACGAGAUUGUUAAGAUGAGAGUGAAGCAGGAAGAGAAGCUGGGAUCAGCUCUGCAGGCCAAGCGCAGCCUCCAGCAGGAGCUGGAGUUCUUGCGGGUGGCCAAGAAGGAGAAGCUGCGGGAGGCGACCGAGGCAAAGCGCAACCUGAGGAAGGAAAUCGAGCGUCUGCGAGCUGAGAGCGAGAAGAAGAUGAAGGAAGCCAACGAGUCACGGAUCCGUCUGAAGCGGGAGCUGGAGCAGGCCCGGCAGCUUCGGGUCUGCGAUAAAGGCUGCGAGGCCGGACGUCUCCGCGCAAAGUACUCGGCACAGAUCGAGGACCUCCAGAUGAAGCUUCAGCACGCUGAAGCCGACCGCGAGCAGCUCCGAGCCGACCUGCUGCAGGAGCGGGAGGCCAGGGAGCACCUGGAAAGGGUGGUGAAGGAGCUCCAGCAGCAACUCUGGCCCAAACCCACCAGCAACAAAGACGGGACGCCCAAGGACACGCCAGCUGACAACUAGCCCAGCAGUGGGUCCCACUGCCUGACCAUUCCCUCUCAUUGCCAUGAUCCACCCCAACAUCCUCUGCCCUUCCAAACUACAGAACACACCCAGGAGACCCGGGACGGACGUAUUGUGUCGCCGUCCCUCACACUCGCCCCCCAGAACACAAAAACAUGCAGCGACUCUUGCUCUCCAACCAGAGACAGAACCAGGAGCGUGGAGCUGUGCCCUGAUCCGCAACCAUCAACAGUCUAGUGAGCGACUCCCUCGGAGAAUGACCGGAAAUGGCAACAAGGAAACACGUGUUUCUAAAUCAAGCACUGACUCGCACCUUCCACACUCACAGAACUGAAAACUGGACCACAGCGAACAACAGAGAAGAGCUUAUUAGCACAGUGUGGCCGUGGACUGUGCUGAUCACUGCUACAGGAGGUCACAUUGGAUGGAGUCACACAGCUGUGGAGAGGUGGUGCAGCGGCUCCUCACAAGGCCUCCACGGCUUUCUCCUGCCACCAUGAAGACAGAGGAGUUUGAAGACAUUAUAAGCUAUUUAAGAGACUACAUAGCGACGUGUGAGGAGACAGAAGAGCCUGUUUCUCUGUUGGAGAUGGAAAAUAUGAAAGAAACAAAUAAAUCAGAAGAUGAACGUCCCACAGCGCCACCGUGGUUUUGUUGGUUUUUCAGGAAGUCGUCUCAGUCCACCGGGACGGGGAACGCCGCCCCUCACGUCUGAUACGAUCCUUCAGGUCCAUUCAGGCGCUUUGUUCCGUCUUUGGGUCGAACCAGGAUCGAAAAUAAAAACAUGCCGACUUCAAGAAGGCACCUUUUUUUUUUGUUUUUGUGAGCACUUGUUUUUGGUGAUCAGCAACAACAUCCAACAGCCUCACACACACACACACACACACACACACACACACACACACACACACACACACACACACACACACACUGGUGGCCAUAUGUUUGUCAAGCAUUUGGGUCAGAACCCUGAAGUCUUUAUCUUCUAAAGAUGAAAUGCUCCAGGUGUGGGCGGGCCUUGUUCUUCUCGUGCUGUAACGUGAUCAGAGCCGGCAUCAUCAUCAUCAUCAUCAUCAUCAUCAUCAUCAUCAUCAUCUAUGAAGUCACAGUGGACUGGACGGACCCUCUUGUCAAUAACCACAAAAUGUUCAUUUUAAUUAAAUUAAGGUGUGUAAAUAUAAGUAUAUGUUGUUUUUGUUUUCUGUUUUUUUUACUUUACAAUAAUGAAUCGCACUUUGUCAUAACGAGAUACUGUUAUACUGCAUUGUACUCGCACUAUUGUCGUCAGUCUUUCUUUGAAAACAUCAUCCUAUACGUGACUGCUAACAUAUAAAUCCAGUACGCAUUUCGUUGAUUAUAUGCAUCUCCGAUAAAUACUGUCGUUCUGUUUCCUACGGCGAAGCAUUGUAAAUAAACGGAGAGAGAAGCUGUGGCUUGCUGCUGCGGUCUGGUGUCGAGCAACGCAUUCGCCCGUCAUUGUAAUAUAAUUGACACUCGAGCGCCCGGUUCUAACUCAAAUCUGACAACACGAAUUGUUACAGGAGCACGAACAAAAAGUCCGGUUUCAUUGGGAAGGCGGAGGGCCGCGAGCCCGCCACCCCGCGGCGGGUACAAUGCAAUCAGAAUGUACAUUGUGUUAAUGCUAUUUUUCCUUUUUGGUUGUUGAUGUUGUUUUAAACGUGGAGAUAUUUUAUUGCUUGUCUGUUAUGUUCACUUUUUUUCAAUAGAAAACUCAUAUUUUCUUUAUGCAUGAAAUCUGAGAACGUUUGCCAUACAUAUAGUCAGUUAUUGGGCAUUGAUACUGUACAUGUAAGGGUUUUAUUGUGUUAUGCAAUAUAAAGCAAUUUGUCUUAUUUAGAAGAGGAACAUGUAAUUGAAAAAAAAAAAAGCAACAAGUCGUGUAUUGUUCUUAAGAAAAAUAGCUUCACACUUUCAAUAAAAAAAACACAAAAGACAACAAAAAAAAAAGAAGAAAAAAAAAAAUCAAUGCAAUGCUGGACAACCUCAAGUGCCUGGAGGUGGGCGACGGGUUUCCAGAGAAGGACGGCUGAUGAUGGAGCUGCUGGCUGGCGGCGGGGCGUCUUAUCAAUUUACUGUUUGCAGGUUUCAGAUUAACAGCCCCUCCUCGCUCUGCACUCCUUCUAUCAGUGUUCCUAAAUCCAACCAGUUUACAAACCUUUUCUUUUUUCAGUGCAGAGAACAAUUGAACAAAUGCUAAGACGCUUAAGGCUUUUUUUUGUUUUUGUUCUGAAUGAGUGCUUUUUUUUCCUCCUUCAUUUGAUAACGAUGAUAUGCAUGUUCAGACAGUUUUUAUAGAAGAUCUUUGAAAAGCCACUUGCUUCGGUGAAUUGUUACUUUGGGUUGUACAUAAAGACUUAACUGUUUAUUCCCAGUUUGCUGGCUCGUCCCCGAGGCGGACACGUCGAGGAUAAUAACGAGGGCGUCGGCCCGUUUCUUAUCCCGCAUUACCGACGUGGCGCGGAGAACAACACUGCAUCUGUGACUUUGGCAGAACUAAAAUUGGUACCUUUUGUAGUUGUUUUUACACUCAAGACGAGUCGAUAGCCGAUGUGUAGUUUACGUUACUCAUGGUUUUCUACAAAAAAAAAAAAAAAAAGGGAGACAACAAUGACAUUUGGCUCUUCGCUCCCACGCGACAAGAAAAAAGCUGUUUAACGACGUCUUGUUUUCUAAAGGAGAAUCAUUUUGCUAAAUAAUGGGCAGUAAAGCAGCAAUAACAGUCCAUAUGAAUAGACAAAUACUAGCCAGUGUGAAGAUUUGAAUAAGGAUUUACAAAUGUAAAUAUUUUUUCAUUUACGAUAUUGUAUAAUAUAUGUACAUGGUGUUUCCUUUUUCAAAAAGAACUCUUUUCUUACAAUAGCUGUCUUGUUUUGUUUUUGUUUUUAUUUUUUGAACUUGUGUUAUAACGGAGACGUUUCAGAACCAGUUAAUGCAGUGCGUAAGAGAAUAUCCCCACAUAAACAUGUUAAUCCACUUCUUUUUAUUUUCUUUUUUUUUACUGUAGAGUCUUUAUAUUGAAUGACUUUUUUCACCAGUUCAUAUAUAUUUUUAACAGUAUGUUCAGAACCAGAUAGCGGACCUGCAGUACGGCCCGCACACACACACACACACACACACACACACACACACACACACACACACACACACACACGCCACCUUGCAGAUUGUUUCUCCCUCAUCCUCAUGUAUCGUUUUAGCCCUGUGCUGCUGCUAAUACUAUAUACAAUUCUAGAAAUAUUUUUAUGUAAGAGGUAAGCUUUCCCAUUUAUUAAUGCCACAUAUACAGUAUGGAAAAAAAAAAGCUUGGCUUAUUCAUCUAUCUCCUUGUUUCCUUCAUCUUUUCACGCCUUUCUCCUCCUCCUCCUCCAGCGACACUGUUCCCUCUCUAACGACACGGACUAUAUUGUAAAGUAAAGGACUUUAUGAGAUUAUGUUUGAAAAUAGCUAUGCUUAUAUACUACAGUGACUGAAUGUACAGUGUAUAGAUGCAUUACCAGAAAUAAAGUUGUUUGUCCAGAUU